GACAGUCUUCUCCCCCAACAGCAGCUGCACCAGACCCUGCUCCAGCCCUCACCUGGGCAGGCUCCUUUGUGGAUGUUCUCAGCAUCUUCUUCAGUCUCCCAUUGAUUAUAAUAUCCAAUCAGUUGUAACAGCAUGAUGCUCUACCUGUGUGUCUCCGUGGUGACCCUGCUCCUACAGCCUGUGGUGUCCGUCACCUAUAACUGCUCUGCACAACACGACAGGGUCCCAGACAACUCGGACCUGACGGUUGACUGUGGCACCAGCAUGAUUGUCCUCGAGGUGAAUAUGUGUACCGCCCAGUGGGCCGGCUUUGACCCCAGCAGCCUGGCCAUGAAUGGACAGCACAACAACAGCCAGUGCGUGGGCAACAUCGACACCAGCGUCGACCCGCCGGUCAUACGCUACCAGCUGCCAGUCAACCACAGCCAGAAUAACCCCUGUAGGCAAUCACUGCAGAUUGUGAACGAGGUGCCGGACCAGUCUGGGCCAUUCAGCUUCUUCUCCACCAUCCAGUCAGUCAUCAUCACAGGCUUCAUCGACACGCCCAGCUCCUCUGUGGGCAUCAUCAGCUACUCCACAGACCUGUACUACCACUUCUCCUGCCGCUACCCACUGGAGUACCUGCUCAACAACACCAAGAUCGUGGCGUCUUCAGUAUCCGUGGCUACCAGUGACAACAACGGCACCUUCAUAGAUACCCUCAGUAUGAGUGUGUACAACGACACAAACUACACAUAUCCCCUGACAGUGCCUGCUACAGGGCUGGAGCUGAGGACCAAGAUCUAUGUGGAGGUGAAGGCCACCAACCUGACAGGAAAUUUCAAUGUGUUGCUCGACCACUGCUUUGCAACGCCAUCUGCCUACAACAUGUCGAACAGCGACAAGCACAGCUUCUUCACAGGGUGCUCGGUGGACUUGCGUACCAAGGUGACGACAAACGGCCUGUCCACAAACGCCAAGUUCAACUUUGAGGCGUUCCGCUUUGUGGAGCACCGUGACCAGGACAAGUCCAGCACCUUCAUCCACUGCAUCCUCCGGCUUUGUGAACCCAACAAGUGCCAGGAGCUGCUGAACGCUUGUAGACGCAGGAAGAGGUCUGUGAUGCCGUUUGGAACAGAGUCCAGCGACUCAGCCACCGUGUCCGUCGGCCCCCUCUACACCGCCAGAGAGGUGGACCUUCCCGCCGCAGCAGCUUAUGGUGGAGGGACACAGACAAAGGACAGCAAGGGAGACGUGACAGGGCUGGUGGUGGGGAUUGUGUUUGGGACUGCCGCCGUGGCUCUACUGGUAUUGGGGGGAUGGUUCAUCAUGAAGAAGUUCUACUGGGCAGGAGGUCUUCCACAUGCCUUUAACUGAUGCAUCCCUCCACCACCAGUCACUGACUCAUGUCACACAGCAGUCAGACGUUCCAACUGAUGUGACUUUGUAGGUAAAGGUGUUCACCUUUACGAUGAAGGAUAAAAUAUACGUACAAAUCUCAUUAACCUUAUCUAACUUAUCAUUAGUCAGUCAAAUGAUAAAUGAUGUUUACCAUUGUUUUACCAGUGAUGAAGGAAUGUGUAUAUGCAUAAACUACGUACAUAAUUACACUGUGAGAAUUGGAAUUUUACCUCCCUUAAAAUGAGAAAUGUAUCCAGUCAUGCUAAGUAAGCACUUAAGUAUGAAAUCAAUAUCUGUCUCUCUCUUUCACAGUGUUGAUAAGGGUAUUGGAAUGUGGGAACUGCCAAAGUACAUUCUGCAUUUGGUGGACUAUUCACCCAAGGCUGCCUGAGCUAUAACCAGCCAGUAGAUAUGAGGCCAAAAAUAGAACAAUAUUGGGCCUGUUUGGGGAAUUAUGAUAUGGAGUUUUUUGUAUUUACCAACUUUUGAUGUUGUUGUGCGAACAAAGCUCUGUCAAAUAGUGUAGUUUCAAACCUUGAUCUGCUGCUUUGUACAUUGUUGUGAGCAGGUCUGGACUGGGACUGAAUAACGGCCCCGGAAUUUGAAACACAGACCGGCCCACAGCCGUGUAUUCUUAUUAUACUGUAUAUAUCUUUUGGCAUCAUACCACGGCCGUUUGACCAGCCGUUCGGGAAAUCUUCGUACUCUCCCGAUGGCCAGCCCGACCCUGGUUGUGAGAUACAUUAAAAUACAAACAUGUU